UCAUAGUGUGCUUCCAUUGUCUUUUCUUUUCUUUUUUUAAGUUUUACUUAGCAGAAAGUGUUGUUGUAAGGACAUGGCUUGGCGACUCCGUGUUCUGCCGAGUGCAGGCAUCUUUGGGAGCACAACUAAAUACAUCAGAAGCACGAAAUGGUCCAUAGGAAGGACACCUUGAUCCAUCAGAAGCAGGAAAUGCAAAGAAUAUUCCCCUGAGCACCUGUUUGGGUGACUGUGUUCUGCUGACUGCAGGAGUCUUCAGGAGGACCUCUAGACACAUCAGAUGCACAAAAUGGAGUCCGUGACCUUUGAGGAUGUGGCUGUGAACUUCACCUCAGGAGAGUGGGCUUUGUUGGAUUCCCGUCAACAGAAGCUCUACAAAGAUGUGAUGAUGGAAACCUUCUUGAACCUGAUCUGCAUAGAGAAAGGACUAGAAGAAAAUAUUGAAGAGGACUACAAAGAUCUCUGCAGAAAUCUGGGAACUCGGGUGGUUGAGAAAGACUGUGGAUAUGAAUGUGAUACUCGGUGUGAUAACAACUGUCAACCAAUUCCAAAGAAUAUGAUUAAUGAAUUCAUGCCUCAUAUAAUAAGAGGAUAUGAAAGCCUAUGGCAUGUAAGAAACAUCAUAGAUCAUUCAUUCUCACAUGUGUAUCUCAGAGUCCAAUCUAGAGGGAAACAACCUCAAUAUAAGGAAGCUUUUAUACAUCAGAAACAUUGGGAAAAUAUCAGUAAUUCUGAAUCUCUUCAGUUACUAGAAACUUUUCCUAGAGAGAAACCUUACAAGAAUCAGCAAUGUAAGGAAGCCUUUAGGAGUCUCCCUUCUGAUAAGCCUCACAAGAGAAAACAACAUGGAGAUAAAUUCAAUCAGAACUUAUUAAGGAGAUAUACAGAUAGCCCAAAAGAUGAUGGAAUCCACACGGAAGUGAAAUCAUUUGUUCAUAAGCACAGUGAAGAAGUCUUUAUUGAUUCCAGUAACCUUAUCAACCCUGAAAAAGGUCAUAUUGGAGAGAAAAGGUACAUUUGUAAGCAGUGUGGGAAAACAUUUAAAUAUGCUUCAUGUUUUGAGAAACAUAAAGUAACUCACAGAGAAGAAAAGCUGUAUACAUGUAAGCAUUGUGGAAAAGCCUUUACCCGAUCCAGUUAUCGUAACAUUCAUGAAAAGAGUCACAGUGGAGAGAAACCUUAUGCUUGUAAGCACUGUGGCAAAACCUUUGCCAUUUUGAGUUCAUGUAGCACUCAUGAAAGAAUUCACACUGGAGAGAAGCCUUAUGCAUGUAAGCAUUGUGGAAAAACAUUCACCAGUCUAACUUCCUGUAGAAUUCAUGAAAGAAUUCACAGUGGGGAGAAACCUUAUGCUUGUAAGCACUGUGGCAAAACCUUUGCCAUUUUGAAUUCAUGUAGCACUCAUGAAAGAAAUCACAGUGGAGAGAAGCCUUAUGCAUGUAAGCAUUGUGGAAAAGCCUUCAGCCAUUCCAGUUAUCGUAACAUUCAUGAAAGGGGUCACACUGGAGAGAAACCUUAUGCAUGUAAGCACUGUGACAAAACCUUUGCCAUUUUGGGUUCUCUUAUCACUCAUGAAAGAACUCACACUGGAGAGAAGCCUUACAUAUGUAAGCAUUGUGGAAAAGCCUUCACCCAAGCCAGUUAUUGUAACAUUCAUGAAAGAAUUCACACUGGAGAGAAGCCUUAUGCAUGUAAGCACUGUGGUAAAGCAUUUACCAAUUCCAAUGCUUGUAACAUCCAUGAAAGAAUUCACACCGCACAGAAGCCUUACAUAUGUAAGCACUGUGGAAAAGCCUUCACCCAAGUCAGUUCUCGUACCAUUCAUGAAAGAAUUCACACUGGAGAGAAGCCUUAUGCAUGUAAGCACUGUGGAAAAGCCUUCAGCCAAGCCAGUUAUCGUAACAUUCAUGAAAGAAUUCACACUGGAGAGAAGCCUUAAACAUGUAAACAUUGUGAAGAAACCUUUGCCAAUUUCAGUUGGUAUAUCACUCAUGAAAGGAUUCACACUGAGUGACAAUUUAUGCAUGUAAGCAUUGUGGAAAAGCCUUCUCCCACUCUAGUUGUUUUAACAUUCAUAAGAGGUGUCGCACUGAACAGUAGUUUUAUUUAUAUUAUAUAGGUAUGGUGGAAAAGCCUUCUUGGUAAUUAGAUUCAUGGGAGUAGCCAUUUUCUGGAUGUCAUUUGUGUAGACUUUGUUCCCCAAAGUUGUAUAGUUUCUGUAUGUCUGUUGUGUUUGUGUGUAUGUGUUCCCAUGCAUGUAAGUGCCUGAGGUCAGAAGAGGGUGCAGGAUCCCCUGGAGCUGGAGUUAGAAGCAGUUGGGAGCUGAGUGAGCACAGUACUAGGGUACAAACUGCAGUACUUUCGAGGAGCGGCAAGUACUUUUAACCUUGACACAGUCUUACCAUCAACUUCAUUUAUGGAUAUUCUAUGGUUUGUACUUCGCAGUAUUCGUCAAGUACAGAAUUGAAGUUUUCUUUUUCAGUUUUUGCUGAUGCUUUUAUUUUUUGGCUGAUUCAUGAAUAUCUAAAUAUUUCAGUGAUCAGUAAGGAAAUAGUUAUUCAAGAUGAUUGAUUAUCAUCCUUCUGCACCUGCAUAAAUUUGUGGGAGCCACAGUACUCACAGGAAAAUUGAGACAGAAAAAUUAGAAAUUGCAGGAGGUGUAGGGAUUUAUAUAUAAAAGACAGUGGCAGCUGAGAGACUAGCAGCUUUAAUCUACCUAAGUUUCAUUUAUCCUAAAGAUCACCUUUAGAAAAUCCCAGUUUUAGAUCUUGGAGAUGACUACUAAGUUAAUGGCCCAUAAAAGCUGUCACUUGAACACUUCUACCUGCCCUCCCUCGUUUUGUCCUCACCUAGUUGUCAAGCCACAGUAGCAAUAGGGCAUACAGUUCAGGCUAUUCCAAACCUCCUGUUUGUGUUCCUGUGCAAGUCAUUGUAAAGAUACACAAGAACCUAGAAGGCAUGCUUGCUCUGCACACGCAGAUCACCUCACCCAUAUGAAUACCUUAAUUUAAAUGUAGAUAAUAUUGUCCAUCUUUGAAUAUAAGGUGCUAAAAUAACUUUAUUUGCAAAAGAAGCAAUAAAUAGAAGGCAUGGCGAGCUCCAGAGUUAAAUUCUUCAAUGUUCCUACAUCAUCACUACAGAAGGACUUCCGUGUGAAAGGACCAAGCAGACUCCAUUACAGGCUGCCCAGUCUUCUCUCAGAGAUUAGGCCUCAAUUUCAGUUUCCUGAGACUUGAGCAAGCAGUUUCUGGGAGGGCCAUGAGCAAAAGACAAUCACUGAUGUCUGUGCCAGCAGGGACAGGGAAAUAGGACGCACUGAACUUGGGCCACUGAGCCAGUCCCCACAGUCAGUACAUGCUAGCCCAGCCAGCCCCCAUGGCAGCUCAAGGACAAAGCCUGGGACUUGUCCAGGCC